AUGACUACUAGUACAGUAAAAGCAGCCAUAAACAACGCAGCCGAGUGCACCGUUGGGUACGUGGAACGGAGUCGACGGAACGAAGCAGCUGGUAAGGAUGGCAUCGCAGCUGAACUCAUCAAGAUGGACCCGGAAAAGUUGGCCACGUUCGGCUUCAUCGAUGGCCGAUCGACAACGGACCAGAUAUUCACCGUGCAGAAAAUUCUCCAAAAAUACCGUGAAUACCAGGUCCCAACGCAUCACCCGUUCAUCGACUUCAAGGCGGCAUACGUUGGUAUCGACCGCAUAGAGCUAUGGAAAAUUGUGGACGAGACCAGCUUUCCUGGGAAGCUGACUAGCAUGAUUCAAGCGACGAUGGACGGUGUGCAAAACUACGUACGGGUCUUCGGUGAACUAUCCAGUUCAUUCGGAUCUCGCCGGGGACUGCGACAAGGUGACGGACUCUCAUGCCUACUAUUCAACAUCGCCUUGGAAAGAGUGAUGAGACGAGCCGGGCUUAACAGCCGGGGUACGAUUUUCACGAAAUCCAGCCAAUUUGUGUGCUUUGCGGAUGACAUGGACAUUAUCGCGAGACAUUUUGGAACGGUGGCAGAGUCGUACACUCGCCUGAAACGCGAAGCAGCGAACGUUGAACUGGUGGUGAAUGCGUCGAAAACAGUAGGCGGAACCGAGCACGACAGAAUUCGUCUAGAAAGUAAUGUCAUGAUAGACGGGGAUACCUUCGAGGUAGUGGAAGAAUUUGUUUACCUCGGAUCCUUACUAACGGCUGACAAUAAUAUGAAGAAAAAUACGAAGACGCAUCCUCAGUGGAAGUCGUGCCUACUACGGGCUCCAAAAAAGAAUUUUCGGUCAAAAAAGAUUCACUUACGUACGAAAUGUACCAUGUACAAAACGCUUAUAAGACCGGUGAUCCUCUACGGACACGAAGCAUGGAUCAUGCUCGAGGAGGACCUGCAAGCACUUGGAGAUUCCGAGCGACGCGUGCUAAGGACGAUCUUCGGCGGUGUGCAAAAGAACGGCGUGUGGCGGCGAAGAAUGAACCACGAGCUCGCUGGACUCUACGGCGAACCAAGUAUCCAGAAGGAGGCCAAAGCCGGAAGAAUAUGGUGGGCAGGGCAUGUUGCAAGAAUUCCGAACAACAACCCUACUAAACUGGUGUUUGCCACAAAUCCGCUUGGAACCAAAAGGUGGGGAGUGCAGCAGGCAAGAUGGGUGAAUCAGGUAGAACGUGAUCUGGCGAGUAUUGGGCGUGAUCGAGAAUGGAGAGCGGCAGCCACAAACCUAGAGAAAACCAACAUCAACAAGGAGCUGAAGGUGAACUUGCUGAAGCUACGUAAGGCCAUGAACGUAGCUAAAGGGACCAAGAGGCGUUGA